UUUCUUACCAUCCGACGGUCUGUAUCAGACCGCUGCAUCAGCUACCAGCAUCGCAGUCGCAGAAAAAAUAGCACGAAUGGAAACACAAAACUGAUUUGCAGAAACAAGAGAAGAGGGCAAAACCACCAGCUCGAAGCUUCUCCAACCUCGAGAAGCCGAACCCGUAGCUACAGCCAAGAGCUCACAGUGCGCCGCAUUCUGUACUCAGCUUCUGACGUAAAUCAAGUAUGGGUGACAGUGAGACAGCAGUUGCCUCUGAGUCCUCUACAGUUACUGAAUAUGCCUCUGCUGGUUAUAGCAAUGCGAUUCCGAACCUUAGUGCUUUCGCUUCUGAAACUGGUGAAGGAGGCUAUGGAGCUCCUGCAGCUGCAGCAGAAACGGGUUACAGUAUGCCAACUGGUGUGGUGAAGGGAAACCUCUAGCAUCAGUUGAGAAUGGCAGUUCUGCAGAUGAUAUGGGUGCUGAAGCUACUAAGCAACAGUCACUGGAUGGUUCUGUUCCUGCAACAUCACCGGAAGAGGAUCGGUUGUGGAACAUUGUCAAGGCUAAUUCCUUGGAUUUUGAUGCAUGGACUGCAUUGAUAGAUGAAACAGAGAAGGUUGCAUGGGACAAGAUACUAAAAAUAAGAAGAGUGUAUGAUGCUUUUUUGGCUGAAUUUCCAUUGUGUUAUGGUUAUUGGAAAAAGUAUGCUGAUCAUGAGGCACGGCUUGGUGACAUGGACAAAGUAUUGGAGGUGUACGAGAGGGCUGUUGUUGGGGUGACAUAUUCAGUGGAUAUUUGGUUGCAUUAUUGCACAUUCGCCAUAAGUACAUAUGGUGAUCCAGAGACUAUUAGAAGUCUGCCUGCAACAGUGAUCCUCAUGUAAUGGCGAGUGGUAUGAUGGGAAUGAGAAAAAAAAUGCAUUUUUGAUGUGCAAACCUUGAUUAUGGGUUUGUGCUAUUGGUUUCUGUUUGAAAGUUUCUUAGACACUAUGAAGUGCAUCAAUAUGCAAAAUGCUGAUGGGAAGAUCUCGUCCAGUUAAAAGGACUAAGAUGGCCUGAUUCAGUGCUACGUUUCAGACAUAGUUUGGGUUUUAUCGGGAAGGCUUUUUGAACGAGGGUUAACAUAUGUUGGAACAGAUUAUUUGUCUUCUCCUCUCUGGGACAAAUAUAUUGAAUAUGAGGAAAUGCAUUCGGAGUGGGCCCGGGUUGCUUCAAUAUACACCAGAAUAUUGGAGAUCCCGAAUAGAAGUCUGGACAAUUAUUUUAACAGAUUUAAGGAAUUGGUUGGAAGUCGACCUCUUUCGGAAUUAAGAUCUGCAGAGGAAACUCCGGUUCCUCCGUCUGGUCUUUCGGAGAAUGGUGGCCAAGCAAGUGAAGGAGAUGUUCAUACUGUUGAGCCAGAAGACUCUGUUAAACCUGUAACUGCUGGAUUAACAGAAGCUGAGUCGGAGAAGUACAUCGCGCUUAGAGAAGAGAUGUAUAAGAAAGCUAAGGAGUUCGAUUCUAAGAUCUCUGACUUUGAAAAUGCUAUCAGGAGGCCCUACUUUCACGUGCGGCCUCUCAAUGCUGCAGAGCUUGAAAAUUGGCAUAAUUAUUUGGAUUUCAUGGAAGGACAAGAUGAUCUGAACAAGGUUGUCAAAUUAUAUGAAAGAUGCCUAAUUGCCUGUGCAAAUUAUCCCGAGUAUUGGACCCGCUAUGUCUUGUGCAUGGAAGCCUGUGGAAGUAUGGAUAUUGCCGAUAACGCUCUUGUUCGUGCUACUCAAGUAUUUGUAAAGAGACAACCCGAUAUUCAUCUAUUUGCUGCCCGAUUUAAAGAGCAGAAUGCCGAUAUACCUGGCGCUCGGGCAGCAUACGAACGAGUGCACACUGAGAUUGCGCCUGGCCUUUUAGAAGCUAUCAUUAAGCAUGCAAACAUGGAACAUCGGCUGGGAAACCUUGAAACUUCAUUCUCUUUAUAUGAACAGGCCAUCAGCAUUGAAAAAGGGAAAGAGCAGUCCCAGGUGCUGCCAAUGUUGUAUGCACAGUACUCACGAUUUGUGUAUUUGGCUUCUGGAAAUGCGGAGAAAGCAAGGGAAAUUCUAGCUACAGCCCUGGAUCAUGUCCAAUUUUCCAAACCCCUGCUUGAGGCGCUUAUACAUCUGGAGUCAAUUAUGUCCCUUCCAAAACGAAUUGACUACUUAGAUUCAUUGGUGGAUAAGUUAAUUGCACCGAGUUCUGAUAGUACUGCAAGUGCUGCGGAGAGGGAAGAGCUAUCAUGCAUCUUCCUAGAGUUCUUAAGUGUAUUUGGGGAUGUACAAUCAAUCAAGAAAGCUGAAGACCGUCAUGCUAAGCUCUUCUUGCCCCAUAGGAGCAAAUCGGUGUUAAAAAAACGUCUGGCCGAGGAUUACUUAUCCUCGGAUAAGAGCAAAGUGGCAAAAUCUUACACCGAUUCUGCUUCACCUGCGCAAUCUGUGAUGGGUGGAUACCCAAAUGCACAGCAGACCCAGUGGCCAGCUGGUUAUGGUGUACAACCUCAAGGUUGGCCUCCAGCUAACCAAGCACAGCCACAGGUUCAACAGUGGGGUCCAGGCUACACUCAACAACCUGCCUAUGGUGCAUAUGGAGGGGCGACGUAUGGAGGCAGCUACUCGGCUCCACAGGUGCCCGCAGCUGUUGCACCCACUGCUGCAUACGGUGCUUAUCCUCCUACCUAUCCUCCCCAGCAGCCGCCGCAAGCAGCAGCAGCCACUGCCUUUCCCCAGCAGAGCUAUGCUCAACCGGCCGCGGCCGCAGCAGCACCACCGGUUCAGCAGCCAGCUGCAGUUCCACAGCCCUAUUAUGGGACUUACUACUGAAAGGCUGUUGUCAUUGAAUUUGAUGUAACAGUGCAUUCGGCUGGGGUGGAAGGGAGUUUUCGAACUGGGGACUGGGGGGAGUGUGUAGCACAGAUACAGAAAUAGAUGAGACCUAGGAGAGGCGAGAGAUGACCAAAUCUCAUAUAUCUAGUUGCAGAGUAAGAGUUCGUAGUUGGACGUUGGUACAAUGUCACGUGUAUUGAAUUUCUCUCUUCUGAAAAAAGCUCGGCCUCGUUUUGUUAAUGUCACUACCUCCUAAACUUUACUGUGCUUUGUUCCUUGCCUUUGGUUCCGGGUUUAUCUAAAAAAUAGUGAUCAAAUUUCCCCACAAGUAGGCAGUCAGU